GCAUUAUCUAAAAUGAGAAUGUAAUGGCAAUGAAACUCAUAAGCGACGACAUAUUGGAUUCGUUGGAGUAAUUGAUCGACUUCCGGUACAUUAAGUCACAUGUUCUUUGGAUGGUCUCGCAGACACAAUCCGAUGCAGAAGACGUUCGUCAUUUGUGUGUAUCUAUUACUUGUACCCCUGUGCAUUAUGGGUGGUAAGAAUACACGCGAAGUUGGCAUCAAUGGAAAAGACACGUCUAUAAAAGUUACAAUAGAAGGGGAGGGGAAAAAGAUUUAUGGCAGUGGUACUUUCGACCCUACACAGCCACCCAUUUGUGCAGACGUCGAGAUGAUAUUGGAUCUGUCGUGUUCGCUAUCACCUGCGAUUAAGGAUCUCGCACGUAAUGUUUCAAGAGACAUAGGAUAUCAAAUAUUAAGCUAUAAUCAAUCAACCAUGAAAGCAAGAGUUGGUAUUCUAACAUAUGGACAGGAGGUGAAUCGUGUAAAAAAAUUAGAUUCAAAAUUAGACGUACUGAAAACCAUGGAAAAAUUCAAAAAUAUCGAUGUUAGGAAGAAACAGGGUGAACUCUGCAGGACACACACACAUCUAGCAUUGCAAAACGCACAGAAAUCUUUCACAAAAUUCCAUAGAACUGGAGUUAAACAAAUAAUCUUACUUUUUACCGAUGGGCUGACCUUCCUACGACGAAAUAGGGUACCGAUGUACGUCACGAAAGGGGAACUAAAAAAGAGCGGAGUGAUUUUGAAUGUGAUUAGUUUGCCACAUAAGAAAGGAAAGUUUGACGGGGAUGAGUAUAAAUUGUUACCUCAUUCUACCGAUCAUUUGUUUAACGAACAAGAAUCGAUGCCCCGUGUCCUCUCCUCGAACCAUAAUGUCUACUUGAGCCUUUUGAGACAAUAGUGAACUACCUGCUACGUCUACACAUUUUGUAAACAUAUGGUAUAUUUUUAUAAAAAAAAGAUGUAAAUACAACGAAAAUACACUUAUACACAU